AAUAGCCUUGCAUUUCCAUGUCUGCCAAUUUAGAAGAAGCGGUUUCCCGACCCCUGAAAACCACCCGACAUCUGAGAGAGUGGUAUCAUGUUCAUGUAGUAUACUUUCUCUAAAAACCACUCCUCUAUCUCUCUUCCUAUGAAUUUGAAGUACCAUAUCUUAUAGCAUCUCAUAUUCUCUUCCUCCCACGACACAAACACACAAAUAUAUAGAUAUAGAGAGAGACAAUCCCUAUAUAUAUAUAUAUAUGUCGGUAAUUCUUUUCGAAUUCAAUUUCUCUCUCUAUAUUGCUCGUGUGUUCAACACCGGAGUAGAAUUGUUUUGAAGUAAUUUAGCAAGUAGUGACAGAUUGUAGCUCUCUAUAACUUGCAUUUUUCUUUGUUGUUUCUUUCUCUAGCCAGUCUACAUAUGUAUAGGCGUUGAGAGUGUAUAUAUAUAUAUUUGUGAGACUAGCUAUUUCGUCAAUGGCGUUUCCCAACCACCUCUCACAAGAAAUGGCGUUACAACAUUUCUCGGACCAACACUUAGGUGAAAACACUUCAAUUCUACGGGCUAUAUUGCCGGAACAGCUCGGUCAAUCUUCGCCGAAUGGUGCCGGAAGGGACCACAAGGACAUACAGAGACUCAUCUUCGAGUCCGCCGGGACACCGCCGGACCACCACAACUCCCCGCAUCAACCACCGCAAGUCAGCGGUGUCGGUCCGACGUGGAUCAACAGCGCGAUUCUCCGGCAACAGAACCAGUACGGCGAGGGUAAUUUCCUCAAUCUGCACAUGAAUUCCGAGCCGGCGACUUCGCAAGCGUCGAAUCAGUGGCUCUCGAGGUCGAUUCUUCAGCGAAGCGUCAGCGAUGCUCGCGACAGCGUUCAGGUUUCCAACGAUUCGAUGAUCGCCGCGGCGAUAUCGCACGAAUCGGCCGACUUGAACAACGAUAACAAUAGGAAUAUCGGUAGCAAUCAGGUGCACAAUAGUGGCGGAGGAGAGUUGGCGGAGAGCGAGAUCGGUGGCGCCACCAGUAGUGACGGUGAUGGAGUGUUGAAUUGGCAUAAUGCAAGGUACAAAGCUGAAAUGUUGGCCCAUCCGCUAUACGAACAGUUGUUAUCUGCGCAUAUAGCGUGUUUGCGUAUCGCGACGCCGGUCGAUCAGUUGCCAAGGAUCGAUGCUCAGCUCGCCCAGUCACGGCAUGUUGUAUCCAAGUAUUCUGCUAUCGGACAUGGUAAUCCUGCUGAUGGUAAGGAGCUUGAUCAGUUCAUGACACAUUACGUUCUGUUGUUGUAUUCUUUUAAAGAACAAUUGCAACAACAUGUCCGUGUUCAUGCAAUGGAAGCAGUAAUGGCUUGCUGGGAGAUUGAGCAAUCACUGCAGAGCCUAACAGGAGUCUCUCCUGGAGAAGGCACCGGAGCAACAAUGUCCGAUGAUGAUGACCAAGUAGACAGUGAUAUGAACUUGUUUGAUGGAAGUUUGGAGGGUUCUGACAACAUGGGAUUCGGUCCUCUUGUCCCGACAGAGAGUGAGAGAUCCUUGAUGGAGCGAGUAAGGCAAGAGCUAAAGCAUGAACUGAAACAGGGUUACAAGGAGAAACUUGUGGACAUUAGGGAAGAAAUUUUGCGCAAGAGAAGGGCAGGAAAAUUACCUGGCGAUACCACCUCUGUCUUAAAAACCUGGUGGCAAACACAUUCAAAGUGGCCUUACCCAACAGAGGAAGAUAAGACAAGAUUGGUACAGGAGACAGGUUUGCAAUUAAAGCAGAUAAAUAAUUGGUUCAUCAAUCAGAGGAAGAGGAAUUGGCAUAGCAACGCUUCGACUUCUACUUCUACGGUCUUGAAGAGCAAACGCAAAAGUAAUGCAGGUGACAAUAGCGGUGAUCGUUUCAUGUAAAUGAAGAACAAAUCAGAAAAACAAGAUCAACAAACAAUCUCUGCUCAUGCUUCCCCUCCAGUUAAGAUUUUAGCAACUGCAGACGUAGGUACAUAGAAAAUGGGACAGCAUAAGGCAUCAGAUGAAUAUUGUGGAGUUCGAGUAAAAGAACCGCCACCAUUUUGCUUCUAGGGAGAAGGAGCUGACAUUGCUGAGGAGGUGUUGGUGAAGAAUUUGAUAUGUACCACUUAACAGUUACGCAGAAAGGAUUGCGGAUUGUGAUAUGAGUAGAGGGAGUUCCAUUCUAAGAAUAUAUGACCAAAACUGAGUUAGAUAGUUCCCACGCAUUGGUGGAUUCGGAUAUUUGUUCACCCUUAUCGUAUAUGUUAAUGAAAAUGGUGAUGGGUGUGGCUUUAGUAGUUCCAUAGUAGUUACAAUAAUGUGUAUAACUUUUUUAGCAGUGUUGUAGUGUUGUAAACUUAUAAAUAAGGGAUAUAUGAGUACUUACAAUCUUCUAUUGAUA